AUGAGUCCCAGCGAAUCAAGGAAAGAGAUUCUCGUCGUCGGGUUUGGAGCGGUCGGUGCUAUCUACUCUUAUAUUCUGAAAAAGAGUGAGAAAGCAAGGAUCAGCGUUGUUGCUAGAAGCAAUUUUGAGGCUGUGGAACGGGACGGGUUGAAUAUCAAGAGUGGAAAGUACGGAGAGAUUAAGGGCUGGAAAGCAGAUGCUGUAUUCAAAUCCGUAGAGGACGCAGCAUCGCGAGCUCCUGCCAGAGGAUACGACUACGUUCUAGUCGCGACGAAAGCCAUCCCUGAGCUUACCACCACACCCCAGCUUCUGCAACCAUUGCUGAGCAGUUCGUACCAGCACCCUCAACCUGUUUACGUUCUCUUCCAGAAUGGACUGGGCGUGGAGAAAGCGUUGUAUGAAGCUGUUAAGGGUGUGAACGAGGGUAAUGGGAAGGAGGGGAAGGAGAAGGAGCCCAAGAUCGUUAGCGCUGCUGUGUGGAUUGGGACUAAUUUGGUUGGGCCGAACCAAGUGCAACAUGGUAACUUUGACCGUGUAACGAUUGGGAUUUAUCGUCACAACGACCGCACGACAACGGUCAACUCCCCAGACGAGCAAGCUAUCUUGGAUGACAUUGGUGGAUUGCUCAAGGACGGAGGGAGCGAGGUGACCAUCGUGCCCGAGAUUCAGAGGAUGAAGUUUGCGAAGAACUUUUGGAAUGUGACGUUCUCGAGUGUCGCGACUUUGACAAGAUAUCCACUCCCGGCGAUCUUUCGUUCACCACCCCCAAAAGAUGGCUCUGUGAAGUACGCGACUGAAUUCUACGCCUCUCCUACAUCGGCCGCUUCCAUCCAGAAACACACAGUCCCGCAGCUCGAAGCCAUCCUCAACGAGCUCCUGGUUCUUGGUAGGGCCCUGGGUUACCCCGAUACUCCUGACUCCCUUCCCUCCUCCCUACCUCGCACUAUCUUGGAGAGCACGAUUAAUAUCCAUGUACAAGCGGACAGCUCGCAUAAGCCGAGUAUGAUGCUCGAUAUGGAGAACGGGUUGCCGCUUGAGGUGGAGGUUAUACUGGGAGAGGUGGUUAGGAUAGCGGCGGAGGUAGGUGUCAGCGUACCGCGAGUGGAACUGCUGUAUGCGCUGUUGUUGGUUGUCCAGAACCAAAUCCUUCGGGUUAGGGAGGAGAGGCAGCAGGCUUAA